CUGAGCAGUUUGAGGAGGACAGGCGCGUUCUUCCCCGUGUGGUGGUGGUGAUUUCAUGUGGAAGAAGAACAACGCGAUUGACAAAGCUCGCCCGCUCUGAAACGGAUCUUAUUUAUUGUCUCUACGCAAAAUGUGUACUCCGUGUUGCAUCUCGCAGCUGGCCUGCUGCUGUGGCUCAGCGGCGUGCUCGUGCUGCUGUAACUGCUGCCCCAAGAUCAAACAGUCCACAGGGACCCGAGUCAUGUAUGCCCUCUACUUCCUGCUGGUCACCAUCAUCUGUGUCAUCAUGAUGUCCCCCACUGUGGAGCAGGAGUUGAAAGACCAUAUCCCCUUCUACAGUGAGUUGUGUGAGAAGAUGAAUGCAGGGGAGAACUGCAAAACUCUGGUUGGCUACUCUGCCGUCUACAAGGUGUGCUUUGGCAUGGCCUGCUUCUUCUUCAUAUUCGCUGUCUUCACCUUAGGAGUGAACAACAGCACAGGCUGGAGGGCAGCCGUGCAUAACGGGUUCUGGUUGCUGAAGUUUAUUUUGCUGGUGGCGUGCUGCGCUGGAGGCUUCUUCGUCCCAAAUGAGGAAACCUUUCUGGAAGUGUGGCGCUACGUAGGAGCUGCUUGCGCUUGCAUUUUCCUGCUGAUCCAGCUCAUGCUGUUGGUGGAGUUUGCACACAGAUGGAACACAAAUUGGAGUUCAGGAGUGACGUAUAAUCGUCUGUGGUACGCAGCUUUGGCCCUUGUGACUCUGGUGCUGUUCAGUUUUGCAGUCGGAGCCGUAAUCUUCAUGGGUCUAUACUACACCCACCCCGAGGCCUGUUUACUUAACAAGAUCUUCCUGGGCAUCAACGGCAGCCUGUGCCUCAUCGUCUCCCUGUUGGCCAUCUCUCCAUGCAUACAGAAAUUGCAGCCCACAUCUGGCCUGCUGCAGCCAGGAGUCAUCAGUGUGUACGUCAUGUACCUCACGUUUUCGGCCUUCUCCAGCAAACCAAAAGAAAUGGUGGAGAGAGAUGGUGUGAACACAACCGUGUGUGUGUUUCCCUUCAAUUCUGGGACGGAGAGUGACAAGAAGAUUGUCACCGCUCUGGGAACCGUUAUCCUGUUUGGCUGUGUCCUUUACUCAUGCUUGACAUCCACCACCAGGCGAAGCUCUGCAGCGCUCAGAGUGUAUAGGAACAGUGAGCCAGAGACUGAGAGAGCGCGCUGCUGUUUCUGUUUUGGAGAUGACACAGAUGAUUAUGAUGAGAAGACUGGUUCAGGCCAGAAUGUGCUAUAUGAUGAGAGAGAGAAAACCAUCUACAGCUACUCCUACUUCCAUUUUGUCUUCUUCCUGGGAUCCCUCUACGUCAUGAUGACCGUCACCAACUGGUUCCAUUAUGAUGACCAUAAGAUUGAGAAACUGUUGGAGGGGAGCUGGUCUGUGUUCUGGCUCAAGAUGGGCUCCUGCUGGGUCUGUCUCAUCCUCUACUUGGGCACCCUCAUCGCUCCCAUGAUGUGCCCGAAGCGCUUUGAGGCCUAGGACACACACCACAUUAGAGUCAGGCCACUCUGCUACAUCCACACUAAUACGUUUUGUUUUAAAAUUUAAUAACUUUUGCUACUUUUAUUCGUAGCGUCCACACUACUCCAGCGGAGUAAAACUGGCAAUGCUGACCCCAUUUUAUUUUGAAAAGUCCAAUAUUGCGUAGUCUGGACAGGUGGAAACGGAGACUUUUGAAAAUGAUGAUGUCCACAUUUGCUUCCUGAUUGGUCCUGAUUUGUCGCGCCCCUAUCCACUGACCCUUUUCCUGAAGAAAACAAACGACAUCAGCCUUACUGCCAACGGUUAAUUCAACAUGGAUAAGGAGUUACCGGCGUUGCUGGCCUUGUAUUCUUUGCUAGCAGCUCUCAGUAACCGUUCCACCUUGUUGAUGGUCCAAGCUAAGAAAUCCAUAGUCUUACUUUAUGCCAUUGCUGUUCUUCAUUAGUAGUAUUUUCUACAACUAAGUAACCACCUGCAGAGCAGACAAUCUGCUUCUUUUUUACACCAGCACACGCAUGCCCAUUAUCAGUGAAUGUGCAUGUUAUUUCAGGUGUGUUCCUAUGAACAGAUUAUUUCUGAAAUUGUCCUAAAACGCUUGUGUACACAGAGUUCGUUUUUGUUUUAAAAAAAACGUAUAGUGUGGGCAUAGUGGAGUGGCAAGGCAGGCGACCUCACACUUAGCCAAGGGACCACCACCACCCCCCGUACCUUGAAAUACACCCCUACACUACUCUGUGUUGAAAAAGCAGGAUUAUCUGUUGCCUUUAGUUUUAUAUGCUAGUGUUUGUUUCACUUUGUUUUACAAUGUUAAGCUAUUAAUACAUUGGCAUUACAUUGGUAUUGUUUGUUAUCGUUUACUACCACUUACUCCUGGAAUUUCCUAUUACUUACAUGUUUUUUACAUAAAGGAUUAUGGGAGUUAAGUUACAUUGUUAAACAUGAGAAGAAUCCAGUCCCCAUAGAUUGCUUGAGUAUUUCCUCUGUAGUGUCAGGUUUUUCUUUGAUUCUUGCUUUUACUUUCAGCCAGGCAUUUCAGUUCUGUACAGUUUGACCAUAAAGUUGUGGAAAAGUUUUGGGACAAAUUUAUUUCAGGUUAGAGAUGUUGUAUUUAAGUAUGUCCUAAGUAAUCAGAAAUUUUGUGAAGGAAUGUGGUGUAAAUUGAUUUACAUUUGUCUCCAACUUUGUUUAAAAACUCAUCUCUCAGGCUCAGAUGUCAGCUGUAUAUGUUUAUGCUUUGUUAUGUUGCGCCCUUUUGUAGAAGUUUUCUAUGCAACAGAACAAGCUCUUUUCGAUAUUAUAGAUACCCAGUGUUGUGAAGUUUCCUGUUAGAUCACAAGAAUAAUGUUUCAGAUUUUAUUAAUGUCCAUGCUCCCUUUGAGCCAGAUCUUUUCUUAGAAAAGUCCAUAUAAUUUGUACAUUUUGAGUCAUCAUCGUUGUUGUACAGGGCAGUACUCUUCAAAUCAACCUGCCUUAUGUAACAGUGACGUUAGUGGAGUGCCGCCUCUCUGGAAGAGCUGCAGUGACAAUGGUGGGGAAUGUUUGCCAAAGGUAGAUGUCAGAAAACAACAAUUUACUUUCAGAUUGUUUGGUCAGUUACCAAGAAGGAUAUAACUGAGAACAUUAUGUAUUUGCAUGCACACGCAGACACUCAAAUCAGCUGUUUUCUGUACAGUUAUAAAGACUUUUUGCCUUGUCUUUGUUACAUGUAUCAGGUCAUUAUGGUGGUCAGAAUAAGGUAGCAUGAGUGCUUUUAUUAGUGAGUUAUUCAACACUGGAUGUUGAGUUUACUGCUGAAUUAAAAUUCACACAAAGACCUUCACCUGUUUGUUAGAUAACAGAUGUAACAGAUUAGGGUUUUUUAUAUUGUACAUGGUCAACUGCAAGUGCAUUUGUUUCUCAUUCAUCAUCAAAAUCAGUAUGUUCUUUUUGUCUGAUUUUAUUCCUAACAUGUUUUGUAAUAACUUAAAUGUGCAUUUUUGUUAAAGUUCUGUGAUCUGUGGAAAUAAUUAUUAUAAAUUUGCAUUAUAAUAUUACAUUUGCAUUAUGCUUUAUAUUUUGUCAUGUAGCUUAUCAUUUUUGGAACUAUUGCUAUAAAUGUGGAAAUUAAAUGGUGCUCUGCUGCUUUGAUACCAAGCUACAAAAAAAACGUAAAUCACAUAGCACUGUGAAGGCUGUGUACUACCAUAACAUAUAGGAUUAUUAUUUUUUGUUAAAGUAGUAUGUUUGAAAUACAGAGAUUCGGGUACCAUGCAGUUCACAUAGUUCAAAUUCUUUCAAUAAAACAUCCAUUGAAUGUCA